CCGGAGAAUCAGCGAGGAAGAGUACUAAAGGGACAAAGAACCGCUGCCUCCCAAUUCAUCCUCUGCAACAAGUUGGAAACUUUAAAGUCUACGUCCUGGAAAGUGUGUUACUGCUUCUCAUCGUCUGUCAAAAUCACUAUCUUUUCUUGCCUCAUCCUGCAUCAUGCUGCGUCCUGUUGCCAUCCACUGUGUGUUGUCCACCUUACUGUCCCUGUGGGCACUGUGCAACUGCCAGUCAGACUCUAGCCCCGCUGUCAUCCAGCUACGUUUAGCCGGGGAGAAGCGGAAACAUUAUGAGGGCCGGUUGGAGGUUUUCUACAAUGGCGAGUGGGGAACGGUGUGUGAUGAUGACUUCUCAAUAUCUGCUGCAAACGUGGCGUGCAGAGAGCUCGGCUUCCUAGAUGCGCAGUCCUGGUUGCCCUCGGCCAAAUACGGAAAAGGAGAAGGCCGGAUCUGGUUAGACAACGUGCACUGCACUGGUGGAGAGAAGAGCCUGGCUCAGUGUCACUCCAAUGGCCUCGGUGUGUCAGACUGCAAACACUCGGAAGAUGUCGGAGUGAUGUGCAACCAGAAGCGCAUUCCAGGCUUCAAGUUCAUCCGGAACCAGGCCAACAGCGAGGAGGCUUUCCCGGUGCAGGUGGAGGAUGUGAGGCUGAGGGCCACUUACUCUCAAAGGAAAAGGAUUCCCAUUACUGAGGGCUUCUUGGAGGUAAAAGACGGAGGCAAGUGGAGACAGAUCUGCAAUGAGGACUGGACGGAGAAAAACAGCAGGGUCAUCUGUGGCAUGUAUGGCUUCCCCGGGGAGAAACGCUUCAAUGCCCGACCCUACAAAUUGUUGGCCAAGCGUCGUAAGAAGAACUACUGGGGUUCAUCUGUUAACUGCACCGGUAACGAGGCUGACCUGUCAGAAUGUAAGAUGGGCAGAGAGAUAGUGCUGAAGGGAAACAGCACCUGUGAGAAAGGCAUGCCUGUCGUGGUCAGCUGUGUGCCUGGACGCGCCUUCGCUCCCAGCGUCAGCGCCGGCUACAGGAAGGCCUACAGGGUGGAGCAACCUUUGGUGCGACUUAGAGGCGGAGCUCUGAUUGGCGAGGGGCGAGUGGAGGUGUUGAAGAAUGGGGAGUGGGGGACGGUGUGCGACGACAACUGGAACAUCCGAGCUGCCACCGUGGUGUGUCGAGAGCUGGGCUUCGGUAGCGCCAAAGAGGCUCUGACUGGAGCCCGCCUGGGACAAGGGAUCGGGUCGGUCCACAUGAAUGAGGUGGAAUGUUCUGGGUUUGAGAAGUCACUGACUGAGUGCUACUUCAACCGUGAAGCUCUGGGGUGCAGCCAUGAGGAAGACGCAGCAGUCAGGUGUAAUGUUCCCGCCAUGGGAUUCCACAACAGACUGAGGUUAAAUGGCGGCCGUAAUCCCUUCGAGGGCCGUGUGGAGGUCUUGGCAGAGAAGAACGGCUCCAUGGUCUGGGGCACGGUGUGCAGCGACAGCUGGGGAACCAUGGAGGCCAUGGUGGUGUGCAGACAGCUGGGACUGGGCUUUGCCAGCAACGCUUUCCAGGAAACAUGGUACUGGCAAGGAGACACCUCAGCUGAUGCCGUCGUGAUGAGUGGAGUGAGGUGUUCAGGAACUGAGCUAACUCUGGAUCAGUGUCUGCAUCACGGGAAACACAUCCUCUGUCCCAAAGGAGGUGGACGCUUCUCUGCGGGGGUCUCCUGUACUCAGAUGGCCCCGGACCUUGUCCUCAGUGCCCAGGCUGUGGAGCAGACCACCUACCUGGAGGACAGACCCAUGUACGCGCUACAGUGUGCCCACGAGGAACACUGUCUUUCCAGCAGUGCUGACACAGCCGAAUCCACCUCGUACCGCCGCCUCCUCCGCUUCUCCUCCCAGAUCCACAACAACGGUCAGUCAGACUUCAGACCGCGGGCGGCCCAUCACUCCUGGGUCUGGCAUGAGUGUCACAGACAUUACCACAGUAUGGAGGUUUUCACCCACUAUGAUUUGUUGACUCUAAACGGCACUAAAGUGGCAGAAGGACACAAAGCCAGCUUCUGUCUGGAGGACACGCACUGUGACGAGGGUAUCCAGAAGAGGUACGAAUGUGCAAACUUCGGGGCACAAGGCAUCACAGUGGGCUGCUGGGAUACCUACAGGCACGACAUAGACUGUCAGUGGAUUGACAUCACAGACCUGAAGCCCGGCGACUACAUCUUCCAGGUUGUGAUAAACCCAAACUAUGAGGUUGCAGAAUCAGAUUACACCAACAACAUUAUGAAGUGCCGCUCCCGGUACGAUGGACAGCGGAUAUGGACAUACAACUGUAUUAUAGGUGGCUCACGGAGUUCAGAAACAGAGGAAACGUUCCCCGGAUUGCACAACAACCAGCUUUCCCGCAGGUAGACCAAAGUUGGGACAACACAGACAAACAUUAGGGAAGCAUAUAUUGAUAUUUGACAACCACUAGAGGAAGCUGUACUGUUUCUGCCUCCUGGGAGCUGUGCUGGAUUGUGUUGGGCUACCGGCUGAGAUGGUACAACAGACAAUGAUUCAAGGAGAAAAUGAACUGCUUGCUGACCAAGUCUGUAUACCAAAUUUAGCUUUACCAAAGUGUCCUCAUCUUUAGUGUCUUAGUACCCCUAUUGUCAUUGAAAUAAAGAGUUUGACCUGGUGCUCACUGUCAGAGACAUCAGUGUGGGUUGAAACCAAAUCAUUUAUUAAAUUACAAUUGACUACAUUUAUGCUGUUUCUAAGACAAAUAGGGUUUGGGAAAGCCUUCAAACUAAGAUCCAUUAGAGGAGACUUUCCCCCCCAUGUUGUGUUUGAGUGGGAUAAAUGACAACAGUCAAACCUGGUGCUACAACUAAAUAUUGUACUGUAUGAAGUUUAGGUUGAAUCCUGUUUGUUUGCACAGUAUUGGAUAGUAAAAGUUUUUAAACUAAAAACUGAAAGCAAAUACAAAAUGAGUAUGAUUAUUCUAGAGCACAGCCUUUGCAACAAGACAAAGAGUGGAUACUUAUAACCCAAACUGUAAUAUAGGCUCCCUAAAGUUGGAUUUAUUUUUAUAUUUCUAGGGCUGAGCACACACUAAAUUAGUCUAUACAUUUCUUUAAUUGGUUUCCUUCAGUGUUUUCAAAAUUUUUAGUCAUAAAUUGUCUGAAUUGAAUGUUCUUUUUUCCUUCCAGGAUUUUUUAUUUCACAUACUUGAGUUCGCUUUUAAAAAUGUUUUAUUUAUUAUAAUUUGUCUUCAUCAUCUGUGCAUCCCCCCAGCUUCUGUCUCAGUUUAGGUCCUUUUUAUUCUCCGUCAGGGACUAUGAUAACAUUAUGGAUGUGCUGUAAAAGCCACAGAUGUUUGUGAAAAAAGCCUCUUCUUUAUUUGUGAAAAGCAAGGAUCCUUCAUUUUUAAAAGAGUACUUGUUGCUGACUGACUGAUGAUGUUUUGUAUGCGAAGAUGAAUGUGGAAAAGCAUUACAUUUCUGAAAUACACAAUAUUGUUGAAAGCAAA